AUGAAAACGGUUGGGGGACAAAAACAACUAACAGAAAUCGAAGAAGAAAAUCUUGUAAAUGUUCUGGUAGCUGUCAGUGACUAUGGUUCUCCAAUGACCAAGUUAGACCUGAAAAUGCUUGUUUUUAAUUAUUUGGAAAAAAAUUCACGCAGUCAUAUUUUUAAUGGAAAAAUGCCCGGAAACACUUGGGUAGAAAAUUUUUUAAAUAGACAUUCAUCAAAAUUAUCAGUUCGAACUACACAAAAUAUAAAAAAGGUCCGGGCCGAGAAAGGUCUGCUAGAAAUGCAAAAUUUCUUCGAUAAUUUACAAGCGACGCUGAAGGAUAUUCCACCUAGUAACAUCCUUAACUACGAUGAGACUAAUUUGUCUGAUAACCCGAGUAAUUUAAAAUGCAUUUUUAGAAGGGGCAUAAAAUAUCCCGAAAGAAUUUUAAACAGUUCUAAGAGUUGUGUUUCGAUUAUGUUUACGGUGUCUGCAGCUGGUGACUGUCUUCCAACAUAUGUAGUAUAUAAAGCUACAAAUCUAUAUUCCGAAUGGGUUGACGGAGGUCCUGAUGGAACUCGUUACAAUUGCACGAAAUCGGGUUGGUUUGACUCUGCCUAUUUUGAGGAUUAUUUUAGAACAAUUAUACUAAAGUGGGCAAAGAAUCUUUCAGGACCAAAAGUCAUAAUAGGUGACAAUUUGUCUAGUCACCUAAAUAUCGAAGUUGUGGAGCUAUGCCAAAAAUAUGAUAUUAGGUUUGUGUUUCUUCCACCUAACUCCACACAUUUGACCCAACCUCUAGAUGUAGCGUUUUUUGCCCCUUUAAAAAGAGAAUGGAGGAAGGUACUCACAAAUUACAAAAUUCAAAAUCCGGAACAGUCAACUAUUAAUAAAAAGCACUUUCCUAAACUCUUGAACGAAUUAUUAAAAAAUAUUAAUCUCAGAAUAUGGCCAGUUAAUGACCGAAAUGUUUUGAAACGAAUACCUGAGUAUUUUGACGAAGAAGUGUACAGAAUAGAUUCAGCUUUAUUAGAUUACCUACAAAAAACAAGGUGUUCUAAACCAAUGGCAGUGAAAAGGAGUAAGAAAUUACGUACAGAACCAGGCAAGUCAGUUUGUGCCGCCGAUAUUUUAAUAAAAACAACUAGUAACAAAAGUGUUCAAAAUAAGAAAUCCAAAAGAUUUGAAAACUAUCAGGAUAAUUUUAAUGAUAUAGAAAGCAGCAGGCAAGAUUGUGAGAUAAAUAUAUUAGAAGAAGUGACUACUGAAAGAGACAUAGAAGAAAAUGAGCUCGUAUUGGAUGAUAAAAUAGGAUUUUUUUUAAAAAACACACCUGAACAUAUUGAAACUACCCAGAAGAUAGAACAUGAAGGUAUAGUUUUUCCGUCCAAUAAAUCUAACGAAACGCCUUCGACGUCAAAUGAAAAUGUUUAUAGAAAUAAUUUACAAAUGUUCCUAUGGUCAAAUAUAUCCCAUGUGCUUUAUAAUCCAGAUAGUCUCAGUAAAAUCUGUAUAACAGUUAUAAAUAAUAAUAUGAUUUCCUUAAUAAAUUACACUACUCCUCUAUCACCAAAUGAUGUGCAUUUAUUAAGCAAAAAUCGAAAAGGUGACAAAGAGAACUUGCCAUUUAUAGUGAUAAAUGAUAAUGAUUUGCCACCAUGUUUGCAACCAACAAAUCAAACAAAUGUUACAAUAACUUCCAAUGUAAAAUUAGACUGUAAGGAAAGAAAAACACAGAAAAACUUAAGGAUCCAAAUAGAUGCUGGUGCUAAAGUUAUUACGCAAUCAGCACUGAAAAUGAAAUUAUUUACAAGGGAUAAAAUAAAUAAAAUAAACAAUGAUUCAAGCGUAACGGACAAAAAUAAUGAAUACAUAAAUAUGCAAAAAGAAGAAAAUACAACACGAAAACGAAAAAGUAUGACUAGAACCACAUGCGUAAAGCGUUUUUUCACGCAGGAGUAA